UACUAGUAGCAUAAUUUAAACCGACCGGUUUAAAAAAAGCGACCACAUCUUUGUAACUGAUUUAACUCGUAAUCUUUGGCCAGACCGGUUUGAGCUGACUUGAAGGCUGUGGUGACUCCAGUAACCGCUCUUUACAACCAUGCUGAGCAGAAAGCAUGUCAAAAACAACACUUUUUUUUUUUAUUAUUUGUAUUAAUUUGCUGCUGCUGUUGUUUUUCACACCAUUCCGUGUAAAACGCUUCAGACUGUCGUGUGUAUGAAAAUCCCAGGAGAGUGCGCACAGGUUGUUCAGAAACAUCAUCCGAUACCGUGUCUCAUUCUGCCUGUCUCUCUUUUCCUGUUCUCUCAGAAGCACUUCCUGCUGCGUGCCAGACGCUCGUGCACUCUGUUUCACUCUGUCUGUCAAGCAUGGCCAAUUUUUUCAAAAACGUGGCACAACAACGUGCAGUUUGUAACUUUUUUUUUUCUUUCCUCAAAGCCCGUACAAACCAAGUGUUAACAGAGUUAAUAUGUAGAGACGCCGCGUGUGUGUCUGCAUAUGAAAGUAGACAAGUGUGUGUGUGUGUGUGUGUGUGUGUGUGUGUGUGUGGCCAUGCACAAGGGAAGAUGAUGCAGGUAAAGGCGGUGAACUAGUUGCUAAAGUGAAGUCGUGCGCACUCGAGUGCGUGACGCGAAGAUGCUGCUGACUUUGUCAAAGUUCUAUCUGCAUCACAGGAAGAGAGCGAGGUGUGACAGGAAGAAAAGAACGAAAGAGGCAGACAAGACGGGUGUUGUGCAUGUGUGCUCGGAAAUGCAGAACGAGCAAUAAAAGCAAAAACAUGAUCGCAGACGAAAGAGUGAAUACACACAACUACACAAGAGACAUGGGUCAAAGGGGUGACCGCGAAAUCGGCGUUUAACAUCUAAUAAACAUACAAUCACAUGAACACCUACAGUAUGUACACUGGGAUGGAGAGGAACUCUCAAAUUCCUUGGCAGGACGACUGCUAUAUGGUUCUUAAAUCCACUCCAAAAUCAGGAACUCGCAAAAAGAUGGAUGAUGCUGGCUGGUUGCGUAAAAAUCAGAAAUCACUGCAGCGAUUCAUCACUGACCCGUUACUGGUGGGCAUAGUCAACCACAUGAGGAAGUCGGAUGAACUGAGUGCAGAAGGCGUGGGGAUUAUCAAAGAGGCGGGAUCUCUGGAGGAUAAAGUGCAUGCGUUGAUUGAGCUGCUGUUCAGAGGUGAUCCGCAGGGCAGCACCCUCCAGACUUACCUGCAGAACUCGCAUCCGGAUGAGUACAACCUCAUAACUCUGCAUGACUCUGUUGCUCAGCAACAUAAAGACAGCCUCCUCCAGCAAGUCCAAGAGGACAUUGAGAUUCUAUCCCACCAAGCACCCAAUCAAACCCCUGGACCUGCCCUGUUACUGGUCGACGGUGUGUCUGAUCUGCAACAGAGAGAGCACGAUCUCAUUCAAGUGUCAGUCAACAGAGGAGUGGGACCUAUGCACAGUCGUCCACUGGGACUAGAUAAACUCCUCGCUCCGCUGACGAGGGUUAGCACCGCCCCUCGUGUCACACUGACGGUAGGAGUGGCUGGCAGCGGGAAAACCCGAUUGGUGCACAAAUUCAUCCAUCAAUGGAGUUCAGGGAAGAUAUGCCAAGAGUUAAGCUUGGCAAUUCCUAUUGCGUGCUGGGAAUUGAGCAGUCUUGAACGGUUGUCACUUGAGAGGUUGCUUCGAUUGGUUGUUCCAUAUGAUAACGUUGAUGUGAUUUUGAACAGUCAUGUCUGUAAAGUGCUGUUGAUCUUUGAUGGGUUGGAAGAAUUCCGCUUGCCUCUGGACUUCUCAGAGGCCCCGGCUACAUCAGAUACACGUCGGGAGCUUCCGGUAUCCGAUCUUAUCACAAACAUCAUCAGGGGCAACCUCUUACCAAGGGCAUCACUGUGGCUUUUGUCAAGGCCUGGAGUUGGGGCAAAAGUACCUGCGGGAUUGGUGGAUCGUGUGACGGAAGUCCCACCUUUUUUGCAUGAUCAGAUUCAGGAUUACAUAAAAAAUACACACGUGCCAGAGAACUCUUACACACAAUUCCAGCAGCCCACUCGGUCGGAUUCUGAAACGCAAUCAUCAGAGGACAAGUCUUGCCAGACAUGGGCUCAUCUGAGAUCCCAGAAACCCUUGCUCAUUCUUUGUUCAGUGCCUUGCAUUUGUCACAUUGUUACAACCACCUUGUCCCACCUUGUAGGGAUGGACUUGGAGGAUAUACAUCUCCCACGGACUCUGACAGAGGUGUAUGCCCUCUACUGCUGGCCACGUCUCUCUUGCACAGAUCCAUCCGGCGGAAGCAUCCGGAAGCCGCUGGGCACUCUCGGACGAUUGGCCUUUUACAGUCUGCUGCGCCAACGUCAUACGUUUCUUGAGAACGAAUUACGAACUUAUGGUAUUGACAUCCCACCGCCACCAGGAUCUCUGGGACAUCGGAUCCUUCAACGUGAGCAGAGCUGGUCCUCUGAUUCUGUGUCAUGGCGGUUUGUACACACUUCUGUGCAGGAGUUUCUAGGCGCGCUCUUCUACUAUGUGUCCUCACGGCGUGGAAUGUUUGAUCUGUUCUCCGAGAGCAGCGUUUCAUGGCCACGAAUUGGCUUCCAAAACCACUAUCGUGCUGCACUUCAGAAAACUAGUGCGUCGACCAACGGCAAACUUGACCUCUUCAUGCGCUUCUUCUCUGGCCUGUUGUCCUCGGCGGCCGGAGCUCUGCUGGGCGGGGCUUUGGGAGUAAGCCGAGAAGAGCAGGUGACCCAGCGCACGAUGGCAAUGACUCUGCUCCAGAACACAGUGACAGGAUCAGGAGGCGAGGCGGUUAGCAUGCGUAGUGUAGCUACAGUCGCCUGCCUGGCAGAGCUACAGCAGGGGGAGUGGAUACGCUCUGUGGAGGAGGACCUGACUGGCUGUAGACUACAGGGGAAACUGAAGGGCGGGGUUUGUGCAGUGCUAGCAUAUCUCCUGCAGGUGUCAGAGUCAUGUGCCAAUGAGACACACCUCUCAAACUGCCUGGACUUUGCCUCUCUCAAGCAACUACUCCCACAGCUCUUGUACUGCAGCAAGUUGAGGAUGGAAAAUAAUAAAUUUAAGGACGAUGCAAUGGAGCUCCUGGGAAGUUUGCUAAGCGCCAAAGACUGUCAUAUUCAAUCACUAAGUAUGGCAGAUAGCUCGAUUAGCAGUAAGGGGAUCAAGCCACUGAGUCGAGCUCUUCUGGUCAAUCGGACUCUCACCACACUGGAUCUCCAUGGCAACAACAUUGGCACCAAAGGAGCAAAGACAUUGGCCGAUGCGCUGAAGAUGAACCAGGUUAUCGUGUCAGUCAAUCUUCAAAGUAACCAGAUAGGGGACGAGGGAGCUCAAGCACUGGCCGAGGUUUUGCAGUCAAACAGGAAACUCACCACACUAAAUGUUAAGAAGAACAGUAUAGGCCCAGAGGGGGUGAAGAAAAUUGCAGAAGCGCUCAAAAAGAACCAGAUAUUACAAGACCUCAAUGUGUCUGGAAAUCAUUUGGGAGAUAUCGGCGCACUAGCGUUGGCUCAAGCACUAGCAGUCAACCAUACACUCCAAACUCUCAGCCUCCGGAGUAACUCUGUUAGUGACAGGGGGAUGAAGGCUCUGACUCAAGCCCUGUGCUACAACAAGGGCCUCACUAAACUCAACCUUAGGGAGAACUCCAUCGGAGUCGAAGGUGCUCGAGCCAUCGGCCGAGCUUUACAAGAGAACCACACACUCCGGGAGCUUGAUCUUACAGCGAAUCUUCUUAAUGAUGAAGGUGUGAAAGCCAUCGCGGCAGCAGUGAAAGUCAACAGAGCUCUGACUUCCUUGCAUCUCCAGUGGAAUUUCAUGAAGGCUGGUGCAGCUAAAGCUCUAGCUCAGUCCCUACAAUCCAACACGUUCAUCCAGCUCCUGGAUCUCCAGGAAAAUGCUCUGGGUGAUGAUGGUGUCGUCUCACUGGCAGGCGCGCUGAAGGUUAACUCCUCUCUCAUGGUGCUCUAUCUUCAGGGUGUAUCGGCGGGUGAAGCGGGUGCUGUGGCUCUGGCUGAAGCUCUGAUGGUCAACCAAAGCCUCCACACACUCGAUCUCCGCGGUAACUCCAUCGGCAUGGGCGGGGCCAAGGCUCUCUCCAGCGCGCUGAAGACCAAUCGUAGCUUGAGAAGUUUGAAUCUUCAGGAGAACUCUUUGGGAAUGGAUGGAGCCAUCUUCAUUGCCACUGCUCUCAGAGGAAAUCAUCAACUCACUUAUAUAAAUCUUCAGGGUAACGGAAUUGGCGAGUCGGGAGCGAAGGUCGUUUCGGAUGCCAUACGAGCUGACGCGCCAGAGUGUGUGGUGGACAUCUGAUGAGAGAGCGCGCGCGCACACACACUCAAGCUGCAAGCUGUACAAAUUACAACCAUUUAUUUAAUUAUAUGGAUUAGUAUUUAUUAUUAUUAUGUAUCAGUGCUGAUUCUAUUUCUUACUGUAUAAUAUUGCAUACAAUAUUUUAUACUGCGGUUUAUUUGUUUAAAACAAAAAAAUAAAAUACAAUAAACAUUCCUGUCAGCUGAAGCAUUUUAUAAUAAACUGUAAAAAAAAAAAAAAAAA